GAAAGCUCACACUCAACACCCACCGUAUUGUCUUGGAAAGCGACUUGGUGGACAGAGACAUUUUUUCUUAAAUUUGUCAAGAUUGUGGCCUCUAAAUUCUAAGAGGAUUACUGAUGAAGACUGAACAUACUGAAAUGGAAUCGAGUAUAGAAAUACAUGAUGACAAGUUCGUUGAAUUCCCCUUGUCUCCCACGUUAACAAAGGACAAUAAGUUGACAGAUGCUUUUGAUCCACUUCGGCUUGAAGAAAAAGUCCCAUCAUUAGAGGUAGAUCCCCUUAAAUCUCCGACCUUGAAGAAGGAAGCAGAAAGAUUAUCUCAAAGUGCCGCCAAAGGUGAUUGGAAUGAAGUCCAGAAAAUAUGUCAAGCAAACUGGCUUUUCGAUAUCCCGAUCACCAAGUUAGAGGACACAGUACUCCAUCUAGCAGUCUACAAUAAGCAAGAAAAUAUUUUUAAACUUCUGGUACAACAAUUUUCUUCGGGAAGUCUUCACGUGAUAUCUUAUUUAAAAAAGAAAAACGCCAAAGGAGAUACCCCUCUCCACCAUGCAGCAUCAGUGGGGAGCGAGAAAAUGUGUCGCAUCAUCACUGAAUUUCACUCAACAACGUUGCUAAGUGUUCCUAACGAUGAAGGUGAGACCCCUCUCUUCUCAGCAGCACUUCAUGGUCGCAAAGAUUCUUUCCUUUACCUCCACUCUAUAUGCGGCACUGAAGAACGAUCCAAUUACUGUAAAAGGAGUAAUGGUGACUCUAUUCUCCAUUGUGCCAUCUCUGAAGAACAUUAUGAAUUGUCCUUAAUAAUACUUUGUCGGUAUAAAGACCUUGUAAACCAUCGUAAUAAUGCUGGCAUGACCCCUCUCCAUCUCCUAGCGAGUAAGCCUUCCGCCUUCAAAAGUGGCAGCAAUCUCCGAUGGUUUGAAAGUAUCAUCUAUCACUCAUUUUCCACAACAGAGGAGGAACUAAUUUCGCGAGCAGAUGAUCAGAACCUUGAAAAAGAACCAGUCACCCAUGGAGCAUUUGACAGAAAAGGUUCAAAGAAAGCAGUCGGCGAAGUUGAUGCAGAGGACCCUGAAAGACACCACUUUACCUGGGGAGGAUACGACUCACGCAAUGGAGCUCGAGAGCAUCAAUUUCCAUCUAAUUACAAAACCUGCUCUUUGUUUGCAAAACUUGUCUUCAAGGCAUUGCGAUAUUUAUUUAUUGAACCUUUGCAGAAGGCAAAGGAGGUAAGGAGGACGAAGGAGAGGCACACAUGGUCUAUUCUGAUCAUGAACGAACUGUUGAAGGACGCUGAGAUGUAUCCGAUUCCGCCAUCAGUCCGCAAAAGCGUAGACAAAAAGCUUGAAAAAGGUACACCGCAGGCUGAUGCGACUGAGAAAAUCAAUUCGAGACAAUUGACAAAAAUAUGUGAAGACAAGUUUCCCAGGAACUACCAAACAUGCAUCAACUUCAUUCAAUUUCUGUGCGAUAUGGCUCAAGAUGAGAAAGAAAAGGAAGGAGACACUGAGCCUACAGAGGUAAUACUAAUGGCAGCGAAGAAUGGAAUUACUGAAAUGGUUAGAAAAAUCCUUGAAAUUUAUCCUGUGGCCAUGUAUGAUGUGGAUAAAGACCAAAAGAACAUAGUGCUAUUGACAGUGGAGCAUAAGCAACCUCGUGUAUAUGAACUCCUACUCUCUCUCAAGAAGAAGAAUGUUAUAAAAGACAACUUAUUUAGUGAAGUGGAUAAUAAAGGUAACAGUGUACUGCAUCUUGCUGCGACAAAAGCGGAAUUUAGUUGGCCAGUUCCAGGAGCAGCAUCCCAAAUGCAAUGGGAAAUCAGAUGGUAUGAGUACAUAAAGAACUCCAUGGAAAGAAGCCUCCUGCCUCUCCUCAACAAGAAAGGCCAAACCCCAGAGGAGAUUUUCACCAAAACACAUGAGGAUCUUGUUAAACAAGGAGGGGAUUGGCUAAGUAGCACCGCAAAUGCAUGCUCGGUCGUAGCAGGCCUCUUUGUAACGAGUACCUUUUCCACGGCAACCAACUUGCCUGAGGUUGUUGAAGGAAAUAAACACUCCGAGGCAUCCAAAAUUUUUGCCAGCUCAUCCUUUGUGUCCUUUUACACUUCACUCGUAGCAGUGGUCAUGUUCCUUUCAAUUCUCACAUCUGGGUAUAGAGAAAAAGAUUUCCGCCACGCCUUACCAUGGAAGCUUUUGCUGGGUUUAACAGCUUUCUACAUGUCCAUAGCUUCUACCUUGGUAUCUUUCACAACCGGACAUUUCUUCAUCUUUAGGAAUCAACUAAAAUUUGUGUCUUCCACCUCGUAUAUAGUGGCCUACGCGUUGGUAACAUUGUUUUCUAUGGCAGUGUUUCCACUUUUCUUUCAUUUGGUGUGGGCUACCUUGAAGAAGGUGCCACAACGCAAAUACAGGUUGACUAUUCCUCAUUGGCUUUCGGAAGAUUAACUAGUAUUUACAUUCCUAUCUUCUUCAAGAGUCUGAUGUCUCAUGGUUAUUAAUGAUUGAUACACUUUCUCCAAUAAUAUUGAUGUUGGACUUGUACUGUGUGUUCUAUUUCAAUA